AUGGCGUCUCUGCUGAGGACUUCAACCCCAAACGCCGCGCGGCUGCUACUUCGGGCAACUCCGCGGGUAUUCGGUGUCCCGUUGUCACAGGGAACAACACAGCCGCAGCCACGGACAAGGUCAAUUCACACCUCGACCGCCCUCUCAUCACCACCGGCAUCAUCAUCACCGCAAGACCACACCAGCGGCAACAGCACGAUCAGCAACCAUGACCCGAACCUCAACACCGUCAACCAAUCCGAAGUCUCGCACUUUGACGCCCUGGCCUCGACAUGGUGGGACUCGCAUGGCCCCUCACGCCUAUUGCACCUGAUGAACCCCCUCCGCCACGACUUUAUCGCCGCCUGUCACGCCUCUGAGCCACCACCACCACCAGCCGACGGCUCAUCCCCGCAGCCAUCAUCCUCGCAACCCCGUCAAGGCCUGCACUACCUGGAUGUAGGCUGCGGCGGGGGCAUUUUUGCCGAGUCUGCGGCGCGGCUGCCGACCGCGGCGUCCGUCACCGCCAUCGACGCGUCCUCGCAGGUCCUGGCCGUGGCGCGCGCCCACCUGCGCCGCGAGACGCCCGCCGUCCAGGCCAAACUCACGUACCUGCACUCCAGCGUCGAGGCUCUAUCCCCGGCCGUGGGGCCCGAGGGUGGCGCCGCCGGUCCGGCCAAGCAGUACGACGUGGUGACGACUUUCGAGGUGCUCGAGCACGUGGACAACCCGUCGGCGUUCCUGCAGCGGUGUGGCGCCCUCGUCCGCCCGGGCGGCUGGCUCGUCCUCAGCACCAUGGCGCGCACCUGGACCUCGUGGGCCACCACCAUCCUGGCUGCCGAGCACGUCUUGGGCAUCGUCCCGCCCGGGACCCACGAUUGGAAAAAGUACGUCGACGUCGAGGAACUGCGCGCUCACUUUGCGUCCCGCCCGGCCUCCGAGGGCUGGACCGGCAACGGCUCGGCUGAGAGGUGUCAGGGCGUCGUUUACGUGCCUGGCCUGGGGUGGAAGGCUGUGCCCGGUUCGGAGAAGGUUGGGAACUACUUUUAUGCCGUGAGGAAGAGCCCGUAUGUCGCUACUUGA